AUGGAAGCGAUACUAUGGCAACCAGGGAUGGACGACGAAUCCAAGGCAAGUAUCAAGAUGUGUGGACAUGCUCAGUGUGUAUGCGCUACAGAGACUCUUGAUAUCCACAGCCAAGAGCCUGUGCUGCCUCCUGGGUUCUUCCUUAUAGUCAAACGAGCUUCACAGGAGGAGAAGUUUGUGUUGCAGUGGAUGAUUCCUGGGCAUGUGGAUCCCGUGGCAGAGAGUUUGAUCGACAAGACUCUGAAUCAGGCAGAAACAAGCUCCCUGCUCAACGCCAGGAAGAGCCACGAUGAGCAUGUCGAUCAUUUCAUUCAGCACAAGAUCAAUGUCAAGGCCUUCUUGUUCGCCUUGAAGAAGAAGCUUCAAAGGCAGAAGGAGGCUGAAGCCAAGCACCUUGAGAACGGAAACCACUGUGAUGAUGUGCAGCCGCCCCGAGGACAUCACAAACACUCUCGGCGAUCCAAAGGCUCCCGUACAAGCUCGUCCGGUCAGAGAUCCGCGUCCUCUCAGCCCUCCGCACACCCCCGGGGCGGAGGGCCUGGCAUGCAUCGCAACUUGUCGCCGACUGAUGAGCAUCAUCCACAGCCGUUCGACAGGAGGAGGAGCAGCGGAGGUGCUGGGGGCGACCCCAACUUUAUGAGCCAGAUGAUGAAAAGCUGGCGCAAGGACAGCGAUGAUGUGGGGAAUGGACACGAGAGUCACUCCAUGCACAACCUGCAUGACGGGCAUGCUGCUCUGAGCAGUCACGGGACAGCAGACAGGCUGCAGCAGGAUCACGACGACGGAAUGAUGAGCUUUCCCGAGAUUUACGAUCACUUCAGCGUUCACUGCGACGAGCCCGUAACUGAGCAUGAUGGACCUCAUCGAAUGCAGGAGAGGAGGAGGAAGGAGGAGCCCCUUGCGAGCUCCAAGAGGAGCCGGAGCUGGGACGAAGACGGGCAGGAGGGAAAGCACGAGACGCCUUGCAGUCUCGAUGUACUCGCAGCGUUCUCGACGGGCCGAGGAGCUUUCGACAAGCCGACGUUCAAGUGCCAGCGCUGCGGGAGAUCGUUCGUGUACCAGAAAUGGCUGGAGAGACACGAGAGGAUUUGCUGCGGCGAAGAGCUGAUGAGCAGGACAGACAACCUGAGCCGCGGAGGGAGGGGGAGGGGAGGGAGAGGACGAGGACGAGGAUUUAGGAGGAGCUACGAGCGCGACCGGGCGCGGAACUCUUAUGGGAUGUCGGAAGCGUCGAGUUCAAAUCGAUUCUCUAAUGACUAUGGCGAAAGGAGAUACCGAGACUGA